UUACCGAUUUUAAAAGAUGGAAAAUAAGAAAAAAGGAAAAAGAGCUCUAGAAGAGUCUGAAAUAAUUCCAUCAAAGAAGAGAAUAAGAGUUGAAUCAAGCAAUUCAAAAUCUGAACAAAAUUAUUGGGAAAUUCAUGAGUUGGUCGCGGAAAUAGAAGAAAUCGAUGUCAAUUUAUCUCAGACAAUCAUUCAAUUGUUUGAAGACGACUUCACAAUUCCAUUUCUCUGUCGUUAUAGAAAAGAUUUAAUCUCAAAUUUUUCUCCAGAAAAACUUCGCGACAUUAAAGAAACGAUUGAAAAUGUAAAACUUAUUAAAACAAAAUCAGCAAACACUUUAAAGAUGUUAGAAAAGGAAAAAAUCUUGACUGAAGAAAUAUCAAGAAGCUUGAGAGCUGCAAAAUCACUUGAUGAACUGGAACAUCUGAUAUUACUUCAUAAACCUGCAAGCAAAGGUUCUUUGUAUGAAAGAGCAGAGAAAUUGGGUUUAAAACCAGCAGCUGAAAAUAUUUUAUUUGGCAACAAGGAAGUCAAUCUCAAUUAUUUCAUAAACGAAUCAGUGAAAGGACUAAAAGACUUGCAAGAAGUAGAAGAAAGUGUCAACAAUGUCAUGUCUCAUCUCAUCGCUAAAAACGAAGCUGUGAUGAGUGAAGUUCGACAACUAAGGACGAAAUUUGACGUGACAAUAAUCACAGCAAAAUUGAAGCAAAAGAAAACAGAAGAGAAAAAGUCAAAGACUGAUAAAUUUGAGAAUUACUACAACUUUUCAUGUCCAGCGAAAAGAAUUCGAUCACAUCAAAUUCUGGCGAUCAAUCGAGGAGUUUCAUUGAAGGAACUGAGCAUUAAAUAUGAAGUUGACGAUCGUUUGUAUAGACAACUCAAACACUUUGCAUCACAAAUAUUUCUAAAGCAAGGAAGGUUUUCUGAAUAUCGAAAUAAAAUUUUCAUGACUGCUUUCGACGACGCAUAUCGCAAGAAAAUUUCUCCAUUUAUUGUUCGACAAACACAAACUGAGCUUUCAAGACAAGCUGAAAAAGCAUCCGUCGAAGUAUUUGCAUCGAAUUUGAAGAAUCUUUUGCUCACGAAUCCAGUGAAAGGAAAAAAGAUUCUCGGGAUUGAUCCAGGCUUCACAAGUGGAUGUAAACUGGCGUUGAUUUCAGAGACUGGUGAAGUUCUCGAAUCAUCUCUCAAGUUUCAUCUCAACGAUAAGACAAAAUCAGAAAAUUUAAUUUCUUCCUUAAUGAAAAGAAACAAUUGUUCAUUAAUUGCAAUUGGAAAUGCCACAGCAUGUCGUGAGACAGAAAAUUUCAUCGCAAAACUUAUCGAGAAGGAUUUGAAAUAUGUUCAAUAUUGCAUUGUCUCCGAACAAGGCGCUUCAAUUUAUUCAUGCAGUGACAUUGCAAAGAAAGAAUUUCCAAAGAUUGACGUUUCGUAUAUUGGCGCAAUUUCAAUCGCUCGUCGACUUCUCGAUCCACUCUGCGAACUCGUCAAGAUCGAACCAAAACAUUUAGGCGUUGGAAUGUAUCAACACGAUGUUAAAGAGAAAACUCUUAAAAAGACACUUGACGAAGUAAUCAGCGAAUGUGUGAGUUUUGUUGGAGUUGAUUUAAACGUGGCGAGUUUUAGUUUGCUAAAAAAUGUUGCUGGAUUAACUGAGAAAAGAGCUGAAGCUAUCAUCAAAUAUCGUGAAUCAAAUGGAUGUUUUAAAUCGAGAUCAGAUUUAAUGAAAGUCAAAUCAAUUGGACAAAAGUUGUUCACACAAUGUGCUGGUUUUGUUCGAAUCAACGCGCUUUCAGUAGGAAUUAAGAACGUCAAUACUUUAGAUUCAACAAAUGUUCAUCCGGAGAGUUAUGAAAUUGCUGAAAGAAUCAUCAAAGAUUGUGGAUUAAAAUUGGAUGAUGUUGGAAAACCAAAAUUUGUUUCUUUGAUUACAAAAUAUCGUCAGGAAUCUUCUUUAGAAAAGUUGUCUAAAACUUACAACGAAAAUAUCGAAAGGAUUAAUACAACAUUCGAUGCAUUAUCGAAGGAAUUACUUCACGACUAUCGAAAUGAAAUCAAAAUUGAGCCGGUUUUCAAGAAAGGAAUCACCGACAUAUCAACUUUAAAAGGCGGACAAAUUUUGUCUGGUGUUGUCAUGAAUGUUACCGACUUUGGAGCUUUUGUUGAUUUGGGUGUUGGAAAAAAUGGUUUAAUUCAUUCUAGUGCUAUGAAAGGUGCGAAACUUAAAGUAUCUGAUAGAAUUGAAUGUAAAGUUUUGCAAAUUGACGCGGCUAAAGGAAGAAUUGGCUUGGAAUUUGUUGAAAAUAUUUUUUAAUUUUGAUUUCAUUAAACAUUCAACUUAAUCAAAUCAUUUAUUUUAUCAAUUGUUAAUCCAGAAUCUUUCGACAUUGUUACAGUUUUCGUUCUGCUUCUACUUCCACGAUCUAAACUUAAAUCUGAUUUUCUUACAUUGAAAAGUUUUGAUAAAUAUGAGAUUAGUUCCGUGUUUGCUUCUCCAUCAAUAGGAGGUGCUGCAAUUUUGAUUUCUACUCCUUCCUCGGUUAUACCUGUUAUUCCAUUUUCUUUACUUCCUGGUUUAGCUAGAACUUUUAUUGAAAUAUCGCCGUUUUUGUCGAUUUUGAUUGCUUGUGAAAUUUUUGGUGUUUCAGUUGUUAGCUCUUUCUUUCCAGCUUUUGUUGAUUUUGGAGCCAUAGUUCUGUAUAAAACACAACGAAAAAACUUCAUUCACUCUCUUUAACUUAAUUUA